GAAGAGAAGAGAAGAGAAGAGAAGAGAAGAGAAGGCGAAGAACCAAAGCACAUGCGAAGGUCGUUUUGAGGAGGAAGAGAUCGAGAAGUCUUUUUUGGAGGAAGCUGCCGGAAGUUCCUUUUCAGAGAGAACGAAGAGGAGGCGAUUCUGUAGAUAUACUUGAGAUAUGAUGUUCUUGAGCUGGAAUCGUCCUUCUUCCAAACAACAGAAGGAUUGCAUUAUGACAUCUGGAUCUUUCAACUAUGCUUCUAAACACAUAGGCUCUACUGCUAAGCAUGUCUCUUCCCUUCAAGAAGAUGAGGAUCUGUUGAAAGAUGGUUUCCUCAUUAACCAUUCUCGUGUUUUGGUUGGUUCUGGCAAUGAAACCUACGAAAAGGGAAAAUCUGCACUUCAAUCUUGGAGGCAUUUUAGUUUCGACUGGACAUUUGUUGAUCCUAAGACCCGAAUUCAAAAUGGGAACAAGUUUUGUGUUUGUGCGAAGGAAUUUGUGCCAUGGUUGAUGAUGCCACUUCAAGUGGUGUAUGUGAAGGAAAACAAUAUCAACCAAAACAAGGCAUCCAUAUCCUCAUUUGGUUUUGGCAGUGGUACUCUUCAUGGACACUUACUGGCUGGGGAAAAAAGGUUUUCGAUUGAAUUGGAUGAGAAUAAUCAAGUUUGGUAUGAGGUGUUGUCUUUCUCGAAGCCAGCCCACUUCUUGUCUAUGAUUGGGUAUCCAUAUGCUGGAAUGAGACAGAAGUAUUUUAACCAUCAAUCUACAACUGCAGUCAAGAAAUGUUGUUUAUCUACUUAAAAUCCUUUGUAAACAAAUAAGAAGUUUGAUUUUCACUGAGAAUCAUAAGUUGAAAUGGAGGGUUUAUCCUAACUAGGCUUUCUUUUAGAACUAGGGUUUAUAAGUUUAUUAUAUGUAGAAAUUAACAGACUCUUGCGAGUUUUGAGUUUUAGAAUAUUCUGUGUACUUAUGAAUUAUGAAAAGAAAAAGAGCUUAAUCUC